AUGGCGCCCGCCGCCUCUCCAUUGGAGCGCGAUAAUGAGCGCGUUGGACCACACCCAUCGUAUAUCGAAGUUGCGAAGCCCUAUAUCCUGCAGUCGCGUAUGCAGAAAUGUCUGUCAGAUAUACACAUGAGCGAUGCCAAAGAGGAUGCUGUCCGUCUGCAAGGUGUCGCCUGGAUAGAUCAAGUGCGACGCGCACUCCAACUGCCCAUUCGCACCUUUAACACUGCCGUCAUCUACUACCACAAGUUCAGGCUGUUGCACGCGGACAACGAGUACAAUUGGGCAGAUGCGGCAGCCGCAGCACUCUUCACAGCGUGUAAAAUCGAGGACACCUUGAAGAAGAGCAGGGAAAUCUUAUGCGCUCACUGGAACCUCAAGGUUGGCCCUGGCGAGAGCCUAAGUAGCGACGAUCCGCGCUUCGAGAACCACUCCAAACUCAUCAUCGGCCUUGAACGGCUCAUGCUCGAAAGCACCGGCUUCGAUUUUCGCAAUCGAUACCCCCAGAAAGUCAUGGUCAAGCUUGCUAGGGCCCUGCGAUUCGACGCGAAAGACGAGGCCAAAACAACCUGGAACCUGAGCAUCGAUUCAUACAGGACUUUUGCACCGCUGAAGCAGUCCACACCGACUCUGGCUAUUGCGUGUCUAGAGCUUGCCGCACGGCUGCAUGGAAAAGACACUACGAAAUUCGUGGAUGCGGGACCUGUAAGGUACAGCAAGUGGGCUACUAGUCGAGCAGAGAUUAUGGAGACCCUCCUUGAUCUACUCGACCUGUACACCCAUCACCGCAGCGCAACCUCGGUCGGACCCUCUUACACACUUGAGCACUUCAUCAACAUCCGCAUUGGACUCAAUCAGGAGGCUUCGGCAGCGAAUAUACCACGUUAUUCUCGGUACAAGUCGGAGUCUGUCGCUGAUGCCGGAAGCACCACAAACGGCGCCAAGCCUCGCAACGGCAUCGACCCGACAAGCCCAUUUACACCAGCUACCCCCAUCGCACAUUCGCCUGCCGCAGAUCAAGCGCCAAAAUCUGCAAUCGGAAUUCGCGGUCAGAAUGGUACGGUCAGGUUCAUGCUGGACGCAGCCCGUGCACACGAUGAACGCGCCGAGGUUGAAAAGUUUCACAAGCUCGAGGAAGAAGAGUACGAAGUAGAGGUGCCGAUAUCGAGUGAAUCAAGGACGGAUGAUAGGGAGAGAGAAAGAGCAAGAGUUGGCAGAGAUCUUAUCAGCGUUGCCAACGACGAGAAAAGCAGCGCGGGCAUUGGUCACACAGAAGACUACUGGGAUAAAUUUCGCAAGCGCUCCAAGGUGGCGUCAGAUAGCGAGCCAGCUUCCAGAACGGAUGGCAAUGUCCACACAUCCAGAAGAGCUGUAAAACUCGAUAACGUCUCGGAUAAAGGCAAUCUACAGAGGAGGGCUGAUGACCAUGUCAAUGUCUCAUUCGAUGAUGGGGAGUCAAAUGAUCGAGGACGUGGUAGAGACUCACGCAAACGACCUCGCCUACAGGAUCGAAAGAAAUGUGGCGACAUGUAUCGCAGCAAAAUUACGCAACACCGGGAAUCGAGUUCAGAGCGUCUGCCACCAAGGUUAUCGAUGUCUUCUCAUGGCGAAGCGGAUCACGAACGAAACUUCGAUUAUACUGGUCAAUUCACGCCUCUAGACAGGAGUAGGGGUUUUGACGAUCGAGGACAUAGUGGUCGGCGCGAAGGCAGGAUCAUGCGCCGUGGUAGAAAAAAUCACCAUCGUGGAUCCGACUGCGGUAGUCACGAACCAGGCGACACUGGAUUUCCCCCAGACGAUCAAUGUCGCACACCCUCUGCUCUGAAAGAAGCCCACGUCGUUGUACCACGAGGCGAGAAUGAUGUUUCACAACAGAGCACUGCCAUACGCAAUAGUUCGAAAAGACAAGAAGAAUUACAGGAAACGACAGGUUUCGUCCUUCCGGAUCGCAUGCCAGUUGUCUCGUCAGCAGGAGAACUAUCUUCACUUGCAAAACCCCAAGCAAGUAAAGAACGACUUCCGAAAAGAGACGUCUAUCAAGAACAAAGAUCUAGUGCAAAUAACACACUGUCCGCGAAUGACGGACACCAAUGGGCAAACAUUGGUGACAACUAUGGAAACAAUAGAGGAAGGGGAAGGGGAAGAGCGAGGGGCGGUAGGGGUGGCAGGUGGAACAACUACCGUGAUGGUAGAGGCAGAGGUAGUGGCUCUCGAGCGUGGAACUCGUGGCCUGACCGCUCUCCUCGGUCUCCUCGGUCUCCUUGA